CACAUCAUUACAGGAAGCGAGAGACACAGCUCAAGACAUGGCUAAAUUCCUCACACAAACUCAUAUUAAUGAGUUCAAGGAAUGUUUUUCCUUGUAUGACAAGAAGCGUAAGGGAAAAAUAGAAGUCAAGGACCUGAUCACAGUAAUGCGGUGUCUGGGCACCAGUCCGACCUUCAGCGAGGUGGAGCGACAUUUACAGGUCCACAAGAUAGAUAAAAAAGGCGAAGUGGACUUCUCCACCUUCCUCACCAUGAUGCACAGGCAGAUCCAGCAGGAGGACCCCAAGGCAGAGAUCCUGGAGGCCAUGAGGAUGACAGAUAAACAGAACAAGGGCUACAUCCAAGCCUCUGAGCUACGAUCCAAGCUCACUAAGCUUGGAGAAAAGCUAACAGAUAAAGAGGUUGAUGAUCUUUUCAAGGAGGCCAAUGUCAAGUCUAAUGGGAAGGUGCACUACGAAGAGUUCACCAGGAUGGUGACUCUACCGCCAGUUGACUAUUGAGAGCAGAUAUGAUCUGCCCCUCUUAAUCAUCAUGGCGACACUAGCAAUGAUGGAGUUGUAUAGUCCAUUCACUGGUCAUCUAUUAGUAUGGACCAUCCACCAACUAAAAUGUGUGCAUGCAGUAUUUAUGAUCUUAUUUUCAGAGGGGGUGUUCUGAGAUACAAUUAUUGUUAAUGUAUUCACUCUGUUUUGAUAAACACAAUUUACUAAAUAUAACUGAAAUAAAGGGUUUUGUUUUGAUUCAUUAU